AUGGAGACGACCCCUCAGAUCGAAGCAGACCGUCGUUUGCUGCAGUUCGAAACUUACGAAGAUUAUCUGGAUUCCUUGGUGACGCCAAGCGAUUUGUGCUAUCUGCAGAGCGUGGGAUCAUCUAGGGUGUUGGCGGAAUUGGGGUACAGAAGCACCGGUGAGACUUUGAGCAGGGAACAGUUCCAGAAGAGAUUGUCCACUGUCGUAGCAUACCUCUUCCCCACGUUCAAACCCUACGAAUUGGCCAGUGAGCGAAUGCCAGCAACUGAUCCUUUGCAGAAGGAGUUGGCUUUAAGAGAACGUGCGAACAGGCUGGGCAUUCUCUCAACGAUAAUUUUCCUUAGAAAUUUUACUGUCGGCGGAUUUGAAGUGUCCGGAUACAUUGAUUAUGGGGAUAGGUUGAAGCACGAGGAUUGGAAACCGUUUUUUAAAGGUAAAAGAAAGAUAUGGCCGAGACCUUCGGAUUUGGGCUACUACCAUUGGAGGAUGGGUCAGAGCAUAUCCAACGAAUCGUUUAAUUACAAGGUUCUCGUGGACCCGAGGCGCGGACUCAUAUUCCAAAACAGAUUCGACAGGAAGACGAUUUGCGUCGAUCCCAAUAUGAUUCCAGGGAGCAACAGUACGAGGAUACGCGUAGAAACGCCUUGCUACGAGCACGUCGUACUCUACGACCACGUCGUGAUCCAACGUAUAUAAACACGAAAAUAUGCCAAAUAUUCAAAAUAAAACAGGGACGAUAACAACUGAAUCUUUAUUUUGUCUAAGAAAGUUCGGGAACAUUUUCUAAACUUCUCAAUGAAUAGAAUCUAUAGGUAAGAGAAUCGGAACGUGUGUAGUAAAUUUAGAGAGCAAACGCGUUUAUUUUUCCGGGAAGUUGUUGAUCACAUGCGGCACUUUUUUUAAUUGGAAUUCAGCAUUCGAUGACACGGUUAUCUGUAAAUAGUAUGUAUGUUUUUAUUUAAUACCACGACCCAUUGCUCCGGUACUUAUAUUUAGUAAGUUGUGCUUUAUAAUUAGAAUAUUGUUAACGUGCGAAUGACAAACGCGUGAGGUUCUCUACGUUCGAAUCUGUGAUUCGCACAACGUACAUACGCGAAAGAACCUACGCGAUUUUCAAAAAUAUCAAAAUUAAUCCACUUGUUGAUUUGGCGCUUCUUCCGGUUUUUCCCAACCGAUAUUAUUUUUCUACGCUCUUGUCCUCUGUUGAUCCCAUGAAGACAAAGCAAGCAAUUUCUAGUAUUGAUAAUCUCUUAUUAAUAUACAUGUUUUAUUCCUAUUCUUGUUCAGGAAUGUUUAUAUCGGCUGAUAUGCACAUAUCCAAGUGAAGGAAAAGAAAGUAGCAAAGUCUGGUAGAUUUGC